GCCUGGGAUGAGCUGAUUGCUGCCAGCUGAAAAGUGAUUUACAUCGCGUGGAAGGCGAAGAGAUUCGACGAUGUUUCCAGCUUACGCAAACUUAUCAGCAUACGACAGGCACAAGAAACUCAUAAAUGACUACCUGACAAUUUAUGGGAAAUCUGUAUCAUCGUUCAAGCGAGACACGUCCCAAGACAAAACUGAUUACGAUGUUAUCCGAGAGAAUCACAAGUUUCUCUGGGACCAAGAAAAGGAUAUCCCAGAUACAUGGGGUAGCAGAUUAGCUAAGAAAUAUUACGACAAAUUGUUCAAGGAAUAUUGCAUAUGUGAUCUUACAUAUUAUAAAUAUAAUAAGAUUGCCUUGAGAUGGAGAACUGAGAAGGAAGUAAUAGUUGGGAAAGGACAGUUUGAGUGUGGCAGUAAAACAUGCAAAGAGAAGGAAGGUUUGCGUUCUUGGGAGCUUAAUUUUGGUUAUGAAGAACACGGCGAGAAGAAGAAUGCACUAGUAAAAUUAAGACUUUGCCCAGAAUGUUCGGUAAAACUUAAUUAUCGAUCACAAAAACGGGAGGUGAAAAGGAAGAAAUCUUUGAAGCGUUUGGGCACAAAUUCCAAAAGUAUCAAUGAUGUCCCUACUGUUUCCAGUAAUCCAGAAUCAAAUAAUAAAGCUGAGACAGAUUUCAGUUCAGCUGAAGUACAAAGCAAUGAGAAUACUGAUACAAAUGAAUCAAAUAUCUGGAAAGAGAAAUCAGCUGAAGACGUAGAAAAGACAAGAGAACAAGAAUUUGAGGAAUAUUUGGCAGAUUUAUUUAUGUGAAUGCUAUUAA